GCUGCAUCUGCUGUAUACAUUUUUCUUGAUAUGGUUAGCUACUAAGCUACAAAUCGAAUCCAUGAUGGUGUGAUUGAUUCGAAGGUGAACUAUCAAUCUUAACGACUGAUCAAUGGAUCCUGGCAAGAAUUGAUCCCAUACAACGGUAAAGCCACGGAACCGGAGGUACAUAACUACCAGCAAAAGGCAGGCUCAAUCAUAUAUGCCACCACCGUCACCGGGCCAGACGCUAUGAGGGCCGCCACGAAGUAUGAAUAACAAGCUUAUAGUAUUCUUUGAUGUGGACGAUAUUGCCAUCCUUUCAAGACGAUCCGACUAUAACGAAUACCUUUCCUUCAAAGCUAAGCGUUUCAACCGAUACAAGAUGGGAGAUCUGGGAGAUCUGGGAGAUCUCAGCUGGUUUUUGGGUAUCAGGAUAAUAAGGGAUAGAACGGCGCGGCGGAUCUGGCUGAGCCAAGAUUCAUAUAUUGACUCAAUUACGAAGAGAUUCCACCUCGACGAAGGGAGGACCCCUAACACGCCCAUGGCUACUGACGAAUUGGUGCCAUAUAGCGGCAAAGCAACAGAACAGGAGGUCCUGGCCUACCAGCAAAAGGUAGGGUCAAUAUUAUACGCCACUAUCGUCACGCGGCCGGAUGCCAUGAGAGCUGCCACACGGCUUUCUGAGUUUUGAUCAAUCCUUCGCCUGAGCACCACCAAGCGGCCGAUAGAGUGAUCAGAUGCCUGGACGCAACGAAACAUCUGGCUAUCGAAUACGGGGAUGCUACGGAUCAGGGGAGGGCGUUCGCCCGCGCUAGCGACGCUGCUUUCUGCCUCGGACUUCCCCCCUAUUGCCCUGGUUAAUCCCCUUAUUACCGUGGAUAAUAGGGAUCUAUUACCGUGGAUCCGUUAUACCGAUUUGCCACCUCUUUAUGUAUAUACAGAGGAAAAGCAACCUCACG